GGAUCUCCAGAACUACCGUCCACGAACUGCCUGCUGUGCGUGCUUUACAAGCUCAUCACGAAGAUUAUUCUCGCUCCCAUAUCAAGGACAUUGGAUGAAGCCCAAAAGCAAGGGACUCAGCUGCGGGGAUCACAUCCAGACAGUUCCGUGAAUUAUCGAGGUUUGCCGAGUAUACCGUCCACCUCUCGUCCUAUCAUCGACUAUGAGAAAGCGUUUGACUGCGUCAAGACUAAUGCCAAAAUGUCAGCGCUCGUCGAUAAGGGAUGGACCCAUCUUACGUGA